UGAGCAGGACCAGUGGGUCGGGGUGACAUUGCACACACCAGCCAGCAAGGAACACCUCCUAGGAGAUGGGUUUGCUCAAGCUUCUCCUCCUGCUGUGCUGCUCAUGCAGGAAGCCCUCUAUAAAACCCAGGACCUCCGAGGUUCCCCACUGUGCCAUCUCAGACCCACUUUGCCCCCAGUGCGCUGAGAUCUCUGCUAGCCUCCAGAUAUGAAGGUGCUGUGCGUGGUCUUUGCUGUGCUCCUGCUUUUCUCCUUGGCCACUCCAGGGUACGGGCAGUCCAAGGGCAGCUGUGCUGGGUACUGUUCCCACAUGUGUGCCAAGAGGGAUGAGUGGACUUUCAGCCAGUCCUGCGGGAAGAUGUACUGCUGCAUCCCCCCACCCAAAAAGGGAAAGUGAUUGUGAAAGUGCCCAGCCAUGGAGGAAGAGCAGCAGUGGAGCUCCCAGCGCUGUAUUCAUGGUGUGACCAACACUGUGUUCACUGCUUUGAAGUAAAGAUGUGCAGAUGU